AUGCGCUCGGCAUCGACCCCAUCGGUCGCCGCGAUCGAGUCCACUUCGUACACGCCGACGCGCUUAACCUCUGCGUCGCGUCCGAGCGCGCGCGCACGACUCGUUCGAUCGACGUUUUCGCCUCGAAGAGCGUCGAAAGAGGACUGCUCGAACGAACGUUUCGACGACGACGACGACGACGACGACGCGUCGCCGUUCACGAUAGCGGUGUACACCAAGCCCGGGUGCUGCCUGUGCGACGGUCUGAAGGAGAAGAUCGAGUGCGCGCUGGAGAGCGCGCGAAGAGGCGAGGCGAGCGCGCGCACUGGGACGGCGCGAGACGCCCUGCGUGACUUCAUCCUCGUCUCCAAGGACGUGAGCGAGAACGAGCUCUGGGCCGAGCUCUACGCCGGAAGUGUUCCCAGGGUGUUCAUCAGAGAUUCACACGCGCUCGACGGCGAGGGGUGGGUCGAGUUCGCGAGACCGCCGCCGAAGACGAGCGCCGCGCGCGUAUGCGACGACUUGGACGCCUUUGUUCGCUCGAGACGUCCGCGCUCGGGCGUCUCGUCCUCGGGAUGGGUCGUGAACGCGGCACCGGCGUGGGAUACGAGCAAUCAUUCGUCUCAUUUUUAG